AUGGGUUCCUCGUGUUCUCAUUGCAAUUGCGAAAAAAAGAAUAUGGAAAAAGAUGUACAAUCAUUUCAAAUUGAAGAAUGCAUAACAAUUCCAACAUGCUAAUCCAAUCUAGAAAAAGUCUAAAUGGUUAAGCAUAAAAAGGCUAUAAUCAUUUAAAAAUAUUGGAGAGGCUACCUUAUUAGGCGAACAAUUAAAUAAGAAACAGCUACUAUGCAAUCUGUUUCUAAAACAAUACCGAGCAGUCUUACUAUUGAUAUUGAUAGUUUAGAAUGUGUGCAUAGGCCACCUUACAAGUACGCUAUCUCACUAAAAGAAUUGUAGGUGGAGCUGUCUAUACAGGUUAAUGGAGAGGCAAUUCCCGAGAUGGAUAUGGCGUUUAAGUUUGGCCUGA